CCCCUUGACUCCGGAAGUGCCGCGGGAAGAGGAUGCUGAUGCUGGAAUAAACAUGGCGGCCCGCGGCGCUGGGGCUGUGCUGGCUCGGGCCGCGGUCCUGCUGGGACUGGGGCUGCUCUGGGCGGGCCCGGCCGGUGCCCGCGUCCAUCAUCUCACUCUCAAAGAUGAUGUGAGACAGAAGGUGCACCUGAAUACUUUUGGCUUCUUCAAGGAUGGUUUCAUGAAAGUCAAUGUCAGCAACCUUUCAUUGAAGCCACCCGUGGGCCCUGAUGGCAAGGAAAGCGUAUCAGUGGGGUUCAGUUUGGAUCGAACAAGGAAUGAUGGAUUCUCCACUUACCUGGAUGAAGAAGUGGAUUAUUGUAUCUUGAAUAAGGAACCAGAGAAAGAUGUUUCGGUUGUAAUCUUACGUCUGGACCUCACAACUGCAGUUGUGAAAGUACGGUUCUCUGCAGAAGCUGAUUCUUUACCUAAAAUUUCGUUUGUGUCUGAGGAAAAUGUUACUGCCUUAAAUACCAAGCCACUAAAAACUUCUGAACAGAGCAGCGAUUCUGGUAAAACUCCUGCAAAGACCAACCAAAAUAUAGACAGAGAAGGUGCAAAGUCCAAACCAAGUACAACAUCCUCACAGAACAUAAUAGAGCAAGAACAUCCUAUUCACAAUGACAAAGGAACAUUUUCAUUUCAGUUCUUUUUUAACAUCAGCUCUGAUAACCAAGAAGGUCUCUACAGCCUGUAUUUCCAUAAAUGUGUUGCUGAUAAUGGACCGGCUAAUGAUCAGCAGCUAUUUAGUCUUGAUAUAGAAAUUACGGAGAAGAACCCUGAAAGCUACCUCUCAGCGGGUGAGAUCCCUCUGCCAAAACUUUACAUUUCCAUGGCUAUCUUCUUUUUCCUGUCUGGGACCGCGUGGAUCCACAUACUUCGUAAACGCAGUAAUGAUGUCUUUAAGAUUCACUGGCUAAUGGCAGCUCUCCCUUUCACAAAAUCUCUGUCCUUAGUCUUCCAUGCGAUUGACUAUCACUACAUCUCCUCUCAGGGAUUUCCUAUUGAAGGCUGGGCUGUCGUUUAUUACAUCACUCACCUACUGAAAGGUGCUCUUCUGUUCAUCACUAUUGCCCUUAUUGGCACAGGCUGGGCUUUCAUUAAACACAUCCUGUCAGAUAAAGACAAAAAAAUUUUCAUGAUUGUCAUCCCACUUCAGGUACUGGCGAAUGUGGCGUACAUUAUUAUAGAGUCAACAGAAGAGGGGACAACUGAGUAUGGCCUGUGGAAAGAAAUCCUCUUCCUGGUAGACUUGCUGUGUUGUGGAGCCAUUCUAUUUCCAGUGGUAUGGUCAAUAAGACAUUUACAGGAGGCUUCAGCAACAGAUGGGAAAGCUGCCAUUAACCUAGCAAAGCUGAAGCUUUUCAGACAUUACUAUGUGAUGAUUGUGUGUUACAUUUACUUCACACGGAUCAUUGCAAUUCUCAUAAAGAUUGCUGUUCCAUUCCAGUGGAAAUGGUUGUACCAGCUGCUGGAUGAGAUGGCCACACUCGUGUUCUUCGUCCUCACUGGGUACAAGUUCCGUCCAGCGUCAGACAACCCUUAUCUACAGCUUUCUCAAGACGAUGAGGAUGACUUGGAGAUGGAAGCUGUGGUGACGACUUCUGGAGUAAUGGAGGGCAUGAAGAAGGUCAAGAAAGUGGUGAAUGGUUCAGCAGAGCCACGGGGCGAGUGGGAGAGCACGGCGUGAUGGACUGGACUAAGGCAGCACUUUCAGAGAAACUUUUUUUUUAAUUUAUUAAUAUUACUCUCAGUGGAAAGGGAGCAACUAGCACUUCCCAACACUGAAACUGCAGAGUGGGGUGUGACUAGGGGGAGCAAAGCAGUGCAGAAAUAUAACUAUUCCUCUGAUCAUAAGAAAAUGGGAUCUCCUGGUACCUGCAAGGAGUGCGAAGCUUUCAUAGGGAUUUUUGGUAGCUUAUUCUUUUUCCCCUCUUUCUGGAUCAGUUAAGUAUUCUGAAUUGUUUGCAGUUGCAUUCUUCAGAAUGUGUAAUACUAAUGUGAAGAGAGACCUGUAGUGUGUAUGUAAAGUAUAUAUUUUAUAUAAUACAUAUAUAUAUAUAUAUAUAUACACACACACACUUCUUAUGUAACAUGUAUGCUGAGAAUUACAAAGUCUGUCAGAAGGUGGGAAAAGAAGAUGAGAUGUAAGUAUUCUUUUAUUCCUUUUUUUUUAUAAACUCUCCUUUUGGCUUGAACAAAACAUUGCAAAACGAAUUCAUAGAAGCAACCGCAGUUAUUUGAGAGAUUAAAUGGGGUAUAGGAUGAGAUGACUUCUGCCACCACUCACAUUGGGGGAAAGUUGAUAAGUGUCUUGUCUUAUCCGUGCAGGCAUCCACUUGAAUGUGUCGAGUUUCCAAAUGUAUUGCUCUACAGGAAUGAAGCGACUGUUGUCCAUUAAACGCACUAGCCCAUAGUGCAGCAAGCGUUGAUCUAAACCCUCCAUUAUUCAUGGAGUUGCUCUUGAUUCACACCCACCCAACAAGAACUACACAAGAGGUGUAAGACUGCUUGCCUUUUCUAGGGGUCUAACAUGCUAUCUUAAAUAUUUAAUUUGAAGUUGUGACCCAGAGCACUUUCAUCUGCUUAAAAAUAUUUUAAGGUAUUUCAAAAAACACUCCUUUCUGGCACAGUAUAAAUAGUACCAGAAUCUCCAGUGGAAGUCUGUCUAGCAAAUGUGCUGCAGCAUAAAUCUCUGGUUCACCCUUACCCUGAGUUACUUGGCCUCUCUGGAUGGCUGCUUGUACUUGUCUGGCUACGUAGGAUCGAUGAUACUGCUGUUUGAGAUGAGCUGAACUGGGCAAAAUGGUAUUGUUAUCAGAACCAGGCAACUGCUGCUUCCAGUCUGGAAUGAUUUUUAUGAGGAAAGGAGAAGAUUAGAACCAGAACACUCAAUGCAGGGCGAUACAGAAGUCUUGACUAUUAGCUGCAAACUCGCAGUGUAGAGACGUGUUACAAAAGCCAUGUGUGUUUUAUGUGUGUUACUCCGGUACUGUUAGUAAGGCACCGGUGCCCAUGGUGGUAGUAAUAAGGCAUAGUAAAUAAUCGUUAACGUGGGGAAGGAUGGAAGUGGUUCACUAAUGUAACAAGGAUAAGCUUUAAGAAAAAUAAAUCAAGUAUAACUCGCUGACCUGCUGAAGCCUUAAUAUUCCUGUAGAGCCAUUGACAUAUGGUGCUGUUGAGCCAAGUGCUUCUGUCAGGGUGACAGGGACAGGCAUCAUCACAGAGCUUCGGAUGUGCCAGCACCUUUUACAAACUCGCUUCGGAAUUGCUUUUUUGACCGAAGAGGCUACGUGUCUCGGGUACAACUGAUUAGAGGACUGUUAGAGUUUUUAAUUCAUUAAGAUCAGAAGGGAGGUUCUUUUUUGGAACAUUGAACCACUUCUUCCUCAGUCUCAAACAGGGGUUAGAAUCAUAGAAUUGCUUCAGUUGGAAGAGACCCUCAGCAUCAUUGAGUCCAGCCAUAACCUAAUGAAACUCCAGCAUUAAACCAUGUCCCUAAGAACCUCAUGUAAAUGCCUUUUAAACUCCUCCAGGGAUGGUGACUUCACCACUUCCCUGGGCAGCCUGUUCCAAUGAAUAACGUGUUAAUUUCUAAAUCUACCCUCUUUUGGUUUAAGUCAUUACUCCUUGUCCUGUCAGUGCAUGCCUUUGUAAAAAGUCCUUCUCCAGCUUUCAUAUAACAAGUUAAGAUUUUUAUUUGCUCAUUUCAUUGGACCAUUUCCAGUUUUCUACAAUGUAUAUUCACUCUGUUUUCAUUCAAUUCACUUUGCAUGAGCUUUUAAGAAACGCGCAGUAUGGACCAAGAGUUGCUGUUUGAAGAGCAGUGUCACUUGCUCUGGUUGUCACUUGUUUGCUCAGAUUGUUGGUUCUGUGCAUCAUGGAAAUAGUAGAAAUGAAUCCACCUGCUUUGGUACCUGUAACUGGUUUCUCUUCAGACAAAGCACAAGAAUAACCCUCUUCUCUGGGUACAGAGUCCUCUCCCAUGUUACUGCAUAGCAAUUGCAGCAGUGAUGGUCUGACCUUGCUGUCAUUAUCUCGCAAUUAUAUAGUUUUCAUGGAAACUGAAAGCCUGCACCACUGGAAAGUCUGUUAGGUGAUCUGUGAGCCUUUUAGACCUUCUGUAUGAAGAAGUCUUCUGCCUAUUAAGGAGCUGAGGUGUGAGAAAUCAGACUAUGAACAAACACAGCCCCUUCCAGCUCAUCAUACUUUAAAUGCAAUACCUGAAAACUCAUCCUCUCGCUCUUUGCGCGGUUGCUCUGUCCCUGUGGAAAUGUCACUAUCUGCAUCCAAAGGGCUACUCAGACAGGCUGUGAACUUUUCAGUGUAGUCCACUGGAGACGUGAAGUUUGUUGGCACUGAUGUAUGUAAAGGAUAAGGGUUUGCUAUCAGGAACAAAAGUGCAGCAGCAGUGUUAAUCCAGACAUGAUGCUGUGUUAGAGCUUGUUAACACCUUUUGCGGACAAGAUGUGGAAUUUUGAUGGGUGUGGGGUUUCAAGCAAAAACAGGAGGGGCUGUGCAGGGAUCCCAGUGUGGGCCAAGCUGGUUCUGAACAGCUGCCUGUUCUGUACCUCAGCAUCAGUGAAGCUGCCAGGUUGGUGAGUGCUUUCACCUUAGUCUCAGGUUUCUUUCUUUAUAUGCACUUUUUUGCUAGAGUUGUGUGUGGUGUAGGUUUAUCUGCCCAGUCUGUAGCUCACUAGUUAAAGGCCAAAAAAAUGGGUGAUUUCUUUUUGUCCUGGUGUGAAAAGCCAUGUCUGUACUUCGGAAGUGUUUUGAGAAGAGUUUUUUCCAAGUUCAGAGCUGAGCUUCAGUGGUCAGGUAGCAAACCGUCUUCAGCUGGCGUUUGGUGCAGCACAACAGUAAGUAGUCAGACACAAGCGUUAGUAAAGAAAAUUAAUCUGGAUAUGUGUGUCAAAACCCAGAGUGAUCAAAGGUUCUUACUGCAGCCAUUUCCAAAGGGUAUUUCUCCUCUCUCUGGUGGAAUGCUUCAGAGCGUUGAAGAAUUUGUCUUGCAGGGUUGUGUGAUGGAGUGGAUGGUGGAGGAUGGAGAGAGGCUGCAGUCGUGCUUCUCACAAGCAUCAGAGGGAGGGCUGCUGCCUCCCCUUCCUCCCAGUGAGAACCCGCAUCUCCCUGACUGGCAAGUGUGUGACUGUUGCUGGUGAAAGCGGCAGCUCAGAGCUCGCCAGGCGGGACAACCGCCGUGCUUGUCUGUCGGCUGCUGCUGUCUGUCUGUCUGCUAGAAAGCUCUGUCUUUCACGGGAGGGAAGACAGAGCUGCUUGUGGCUUACGGAUUGUUUUGGGAUACAGCCUUACUUUCCUGUCUCUGCCUUUUACUGAAGCGAGUAAUUAAAACAAUCAGCCUGUGAGUACACGGUGGUAUCAUGACAGAAUUCCUGGAAAAGCAGGUCUGGCGCAAUUCAGAAUAAAUGCGUUAAAUGCAUCCACAGAUGUUGCUGCAGCGGAGUACUCGGCACCCUCUGCAGACAAAAAUGAGAUUGUUCCAGCCUUCAGUUAUAAUGCAGGUUAUGCCCCAAUAAAUCCCUGUUGCUGAUGCCGUGCGAGUGCCGCUGCCGCGCUCCUUCCCGCUGUCCCGUUCAGCGCUGUCUUCCACCACAAGCCUUGCAGUGCAGCUGCCAGCCCCCUGCAUUCUUCAGCCUUGGGAGUGUUUUCCUUGAUGGUUCAUCAAGAGGCGUACUAAAGAAAGCGAGACAUAAUGGGGUCAUCCGGAACGUUGCUGCUGCUCGCUCAGAAUGUAGCAGUUGGAGUUGCAGGAGCCCCAUGCUGUCCUAUUAAGAUGCUCUUUCAUGUUGUCAUCUCGCUCAGCGUGUCGUGAUCUGUGCGGUGCAUUGUUCGGCGUUUCUCUCCAGCUGAGUGCCCUGGUCUGGAUUUCCACGCUGGCAUACCCUGGGAGCAUGUUGUAGAAAAAAGAAUUGCUGCAUUGCAGUAUUUUUGUCUUGGAGCUAGUAAUGUGGAAGAUGUAUUUUCCUAAGCUAAGUGGACUCUAGCGUGAGUGUGCAUCCACCAUAUAUCCUCAAGCGCUGUAACGUUCCUGGCCACGAAAGGGCACAUCCUAAUCGCUCCAGUGUGCACACUUGGUCGAAGUCCAAUGGAAGAUUUUUAGUGUGUUAAGUCUUUUUUUUCUUACAAUAUGCUCCUCUUGGAGAAGAGAAAUGCAGUCUGGCCAGUGACAGUCGAAUUGACAAGAAAGGGAGGGGUUUUUUGUUGUUUUCUAGUUGAAAAUUGCCUGGCUACAUUUGAAGCAAGUUUUGGUUAUUUGUAUGUUCUGUUGAGCUCUGAGAACUGGAGCUGUGUAUCUAUUAAUAAAAUAACAGGGUUGAAGUGCAGGUACUGAAGGGAAGGAAACCCUUCCUCCUUCAUUCAACCUGGUUUGUCUCCUUCGGUUUGACCUGUCGUGAUAACUAACACCCUGUUGUUACUUUAAAGCAAACGUGUUCUAUUGGUGCUGUGUUAUGAUCUCCACGUCAAUCACAAAGCACUUUCCCGUUUUUAACCUUGGUAAAACGAGCAUGGAGCUGCGGUCUGCACGGGAUGGAAGGUACGGUGAGAUCCGAAACACAAUGGGAUUUACCCUCUCUGCAACCUGUGACCUUGUGUGGAAAUUCAGUAACAUGGUUGUUUCAUGAAACCUGAGGUGGUGCUGCCCAGAGACACUUGACCGAUGUUUCUUUGUGUUCCCUGAGGUUGAUUUGCUGGGAGACUUUGUUCUAAAUUGGAUUAAUCUGGCUUUUCUUGUAACUGCUGGGUAAUAUGCUGUUUUGGGCUUAUUAAUCACUUUUACUUAGCAAUAUUGGGAAGCUGUAUAUUUUGCCCCUUGUAUUUUCUUGCUUGGAUAUAGCAAUGAUCCUGGAACAACCCCACACAGUAUGUACAUGCAAGUGACUGGGACAGGGUUUGAGAUGUUCACUUAUAUGUAGAGUGACAGUACUGGAAGAAAGCGGCUGAGCAAAGUCUCUCCUUGUAGGGUGACUGGCUCAAGAACCCAUUUAUGUUUUGACUGCAGGGAUCCUGAAAGGACAAAUCGUAAUAAACAUUUCCCGGUUGGAUUUCACUCGGUGUUCUGCCCUGUAUAAUAAAGUAGAGCCCAACCUCCACAUUAUCAGAAGCACUUUGUCUUGUAACCUGGAUACGGGAGUGUUGGGCUGGUCCCUGUUCUGUCAAAACAGAGUAUGGGGCUAAAUAGUUUCCCUUUAGUAACUAUUAAUAAUUAAUUCUAGAUCCUCUUGUAUCUUUAAGCAGCUUUAGGGCACCUUGUACAAUGUAGCUUUGAAUUCACUUAGUAAAUGACCUCCAAAGGAACUUAAAAUACUUUCCUGUGUACAGCAAGGUCCAGUUCCAGGGUUUUCAGUGACCUAUAAACAUCCUAUUCCUCAGUUCAUGUUCAGAUGUACAAAACAAUUUUUCAGUAUUUUUUUAAACUUUAUUAAAAACAGUAUUUGAAGAGCAGGAAGGUGGGUACAAGUCAAGAGGGUCUGUGUAACUUGGUUUCUCUGCUGUGAUGCAAAUGUGUAAAAUAAAGAUUGACCAGAAAGAA